CUUUUAUAUCUUUUUUUUUUUAGUAAAACAUCAAUAUGUACAAUGGCAUUGGUCUUGACACUACUCGUGGCAGUGGUACCAAUGGUUAUGUGCAACGUAAUUUAUCUCAUAUAAGAACUGAUAGAAAAGAUAACCGGCAAACUUAUGAUUACAAUGAUUCCAGUGUUAUUGGAGGAUUUGAAUCAUCCCUUGUGAAGAAACCCAACAAAGAUAUAUUGGAGCAUGAUCGUAAGCGGCAGGUUGAACUGAAGUGUGUAGAGCUGCAAGAUAGCUUGGAAAAUGAAGGGAUGGCUGAGGAUGAGAUUACUGUAAAAGUGGAUGAAUUAAGACAAACUUUGUUGGAACAGGCUGGCUUUUUGAAAGAAAAAGUUGAUCCAGUUACAAGUACGGUUGGGAUGAGUUCCCAUCAAGUUGCUGCAGCAAAUGAAAACAAAAAUGCUAAAAUGAGAAAUGCAUUUGGGAUAAAAGAAGAUUUUGCGGAAGGUAGCUCGUUUAAGGAGGAGCACCAGAAGGCAAGAAGAGAGGCAGAGAAGCAAGAAAAAGAAGAAAAAUACAAAGAAAGAGAAAAGCAGAAAAAGAGAGAAGAAAAGGAACGACAUAGAGAUCGAGAAGAACGAGAAGCUGACUUGGACAGAUCAGCUGAUAAGUCUGAUGAUGAAAGAAAGGACAAGAAAAGGGGUAGAAAGCAUGAUAGGUCUGCCAGUAGCUCAUCGCGUGAUAGUGACCAUGGUGAUAAUAAGAAACAUGGUAGACACGGAAAAAGUAAAGAGAAAUCCAGUCGAAAGAAAAGCUUGGUUGAUAGCUAUGGAAGUUCACCUGAACGGGGAGCUAAGAGAAGGAAAGAGAGUGAAGGUGAUGGACGUACUGUCGAACCUGGCGAUUUAAGUGAUGAAGAAGCUGAUCAUAAACGUAAGUCUAGACGAGAUGGACAUAGUCCAAGAAGAGACAGAGAUCGUAAAAAACAUGAUCGAAGAGACGAGGAAAAACCUCGCGAUCGUCGAAGAAGCCGAAGAGAUGACAGUGAUGACGGACGUCGUAAGAGUCGUCACGAUGAUGGCAUUGAUGAUGAACGUCGUAAGAGUCGUCACGAUGAUAGCACUGAUGACGAACGUCGUAAAAGUCGUCACGAUGAUGGCAGUGAUGACGUACGUCGUAAGAGUCGUCACGAUGAUAGCAUUGAUGAUGAACGUCGUAAGAGUCGUCACGAUGAUGGCAUUGGUGGUGAACGUCGUAAGAGUCGUCACGAUGAUGGCAGUGAUAAUGAACGUCGUAAGAGUCGUCACGAUGAUAGCAGUGAUGAUGAGCGUCGUAAAAGUCGUCGUGGUGAUAGCAGUGAUGACGGCCAUCGUAAGAAUCGUCGUGUUGAUAGCAGUGAUGACGGACGUAAAAAGAAACAUCGCAAUGAAAAGGGUGAUGCCAGACGUCGCCAAAGUCAUCACGAAGACUCGAGUGAUGAAGGACGUCGUGAAAAACAUAAGGACGACAACAGCGACGACGAAGAUUAUUAUAAAGAAAGAGAACGUGAGCGUUUGGAAAGACGUCGAAGACGAGAAAGAAAACAUAAACGGCGCAGUGAAAGCGACGACGACGACGACCGUAAAGAGCGUUCUCGUCGGGACCGAGAUCGGUCACCAUCUGUGGGAAAAAGUGUUGAAGUUGAAAGUCCGGGAGGAAGGAAAAGGGAUCGUAGCGAGGAAAAACAAAAUUCUGCUCCACCUCGCGAGUAUAGUGAAGAAAAAACUAGAUCUCCUCGAAAAAAAGAAAGAGGUGUGGAAAAUAGAAAGUCGCCAAAAAGACGAGGAGAAAAAAGUGAAGAUCGAUCAAAGUUGUCGCCUCGAAAAAAAGAAAAUGAAGGGAGACGAAGAUCACCGCGGAGGAACCGGGACAGAAGUGAAGAGAGAGAAAGAUCCCCCAGGAGAAGCCGAAACAGAUACGACAAACAGGAGCGUUCUCCGCCGUCUUCUAAAAAACAGCGGCGCAGGGAAGAUUCUGUAGAUGAAUUUGGUCGUUCUAGAUCUACGAAAACCGAAUAUCGUGAGAAGCAGAGACGUCAAAGUUGGCAAGAGGAAGAUGUAGGAAGGGGCGAAUUCAGAGAAGUUGACUAUUCCGUUGAAAGAAUGGGCGUCGUAGACCAUGAAGAAACAACUGAUCGUUACAGUGAUCGACGCUCAAAACAUAAACGUGAAACAGAGGAAGAUUACACAGAAGAAUCGUUUGUUGCGCAAGACAACAUGGAGCGAUCGCACCCUGGCGAAAAGGAUAAUUACGGCGAAGACUUACCAAUUCGCGAAUUUGGCUAUGACGGUUACGCGGAAAAACGUACUAAAGAAAGAUCGCGCGAACGAUUUACUGAUAAAAAUGUUCGUUACGACGUCGAAAACGUAAUGAAUACAUCUUAUAAUGUGCCAGUGGAAAAAAUUGACGAAGCUUUGAACGAAUACGACUCUGUCCUUGCUGAAGAUGAACCAAGAAAAAUUGAUCGGCAUUCAGACAUGGAAAUAUCAGAACCCGAAACAGAAAGCAGAAGAAAUCGGUCAAAUGGCGACGAUGUUUCAGUAAAUAAGGAAAAUAGCGUACAGUAUUCAACGGAAAACAUAGAAAGAGAAAGCACAGCAAAAGAAAAUCUUGACGAUUUGAACAAAGAUGAAAAAAAUGACACGAAGAAACGUAGACACUCGGCUAAGCACAAGAGUCCGGGCACACAGAAAAGCCCAUCUAGUAAAAAGGACUCUAAGAAGGAGAGCAGGGAGCGCAAAAAGAAACAGGACACUCCGAUUGUAGAAGAUGAUGACGCUAUUCGACAAGAAGAGGAAACGAAGAAGCGUAUUUCCGAAUUAGAAGAACUCUUGAGAUUGGAACGCAUGAAGAAGGAAAAAUCUGGAAAGUCUGGUAAGAAGAGAGGAAGCAAAAACGAUCAGAAACAAAACGAUGAUAAUCAAGCUGAAGGCGAGAAUGAAAUCGAAAAAAAGAGAAAACGAAAGAGUUCUUCUUUGGAAGAGUCGAACAGAAAGAAAAAGUCUGUUAAACGAAAGCGGGUGGAAGAAAAGAAAAAGAAGGCCUCGUCUUCUGAUUCCGAUUCGGAGGAUGACGCGGAUCGCAAAAGAAGUAAAAGUAAACAAAACAAAAAAGAAGUGCUUAAGAAAAAGAAGGAAAAAAAGAAGAGAUCAUCUUCGAGCGAGAGUGAUGAUAGUGAGGAGGGGGAGGAGAAGAAGAGGCAUCGUUCACGUGAUGGAAAGAAAAAUAAGAAAAGAAAAGAGAGUGAUGACGAGCUUAGCGAAGACGGAAAAAAAUCAUCAAAGAAAGGAAAAUCGAAGAAAGAACUGGACCGUGGUGACAAACUUGAUGAAGAAAUGGCGAGUGUGGAGAAACGGAAAGAGUCUUCAAAAAAGAAGCUCAAGGAAAAGGUGGAAAAGGCGAAGACGAAGAGAUCUAAAAGACAUUCAAGUGAUGACGAUAGUACUGACGAUAAUAAACGAAAAAAGAAGAAAAACUUAAAGAAAAAGAAGCGAAAAGAUAGUUCGAGUAGUUCGGAGAGUUCUUCGAGUGACGACGACUCUUCGAGCGAAGACGAAUCGUCGAGUGAUUCUUCUGAAGAGUCGUCGAGUUCAGAUAGCAGUGAUUCAUCCGAUUCUUCCGAUAGUGAGAGCGAAUCUUCAAGAAGUCCCACACCCGAGAAAAAACGUUCGAAGAAAACGUCGAGUAAGAAAAGCAAGAAACGAUAAAUAACUUGAAUUGACGUGAGAAUGAAAGAAGAAUUAUUCGUUCGUUGUAAAUCUGGAAAUAAUAACAAAUUUUAGUACGAGGGGACCGGAAAAUAAAUAAAACCAAAGACAUUGUAAAAUUGUACUAAAUAUCCGCCAAUUUUUUUUCUUCAUACUUUUACGAGUUUUGUUUAUAUUGACACUGUUUUGUUUUUUAAUCCCCGAAACCAAAUAAAAGAAUUUUUGUAUAAAUAAACACUCCGGAUCAUUUUUAAACUUUAGAUGCAAGUAUUUUUCGAUUUCUUUUGUCAUAUCUAAUAUAAACCCAUUUUUAUCCGCUUUGGAACAAACGGGUUUCCGAAUUGUUCUUUUUUUUUUUUCUUCCAUUGUAUUUUAGUAGAUGAUAUAUUUCCUUUCCAGGCCAUCUUAAAUUUUUGCGUACCAUUAUAGACCUUAUUUCUGGUAGUAUUUACGAACGCCUGGAAACGAAGAUGCUGUAAGAAUGAUCAGAUGUAGAUAUAUCGUCUUAACAAAUAACAGUUUUUCA